UGGAUAAAAUAAAAUAAAAUAAAUACAAAAAGACACACUAAAAAAGAUUGAUUAGAGUGACAUGGAAAAAAAAAACAGAAAUAUAAAACCGUCUUAAAAGGAAGAGAAGAAGAAAAGAAAACAGAUGUGAGCUCUGUUUUUCUUCUCUCUUGCCCUGUUCUGUAUCCUCUCCCCUCAGUUACUAUUACUCAUCAAUGGCCAAAGAUGGUGGCGUUUCUUGUCUACGUAGCUCAGAGAUGCUGAACGUCGGUAUCGGAGGAAUGGAACCUCCACCGUUAGAUUUAGAUGAAGUUCAUGUCUUGGCCGUCGAUGACAGCCUCGUCGAUCGGAUUGUCAUCGAGAGAUUGCUUCGUAUUACCUCCUGCAAAGUCACGGCGGUUGAUAGCGGAUGGCGUGCUCUAGAGUUUCUAGGACUAGAUAACGAUAAGGCAUCUGACGAAUUUGAUAAAUUGAAAGUUGAUAUGAUCAUAACUGAUUACUGUAUGCCUGGAAUGACCGGUUACGAGCUUCUCAAGAAAAUCAAGGAAUCGUCCAGUUUCCGACAAGUCCCAGUUGUAAUAAUGUCGUCGGAGAACGUGUUGACCAGAAUCGACAGGUGCCUUGAAGAAGGUGCGGAGGAUUUUUUACUGAAACCGGUGAAACUCGCCGACGUGAAGCGACUUAGAAGCUGUUUAACCGGAGACGUUAAACUUUCAAACGGAAACAAACGGAAGCUUCCGGAAGAUUCUGUUUCCGUCGACACUUCGCUUCCACCGCCGCCGCUAUCCUUGACUUUCUCCACUAAUUCGUCGGACUCUUCUCCGCCGUUAUCUCCCGUGGAAGUCUUUUCUUCGCCACUCUCAUCUCCUGAAGAUGAUGAUGAUGUGUUGACUUCGUCGCCUGAGGGUUCGCCGAUGUCGGAGGAGUCGCCGAUUCGACGGCAGAAGAUGGGGAGUCCCGGAUUAGAUUAGUGAAAGUGUUUUAAGUACUUUUCUGGGAUCCGUGUAAUAUUUACUUUCUCCGUUAACUUUUUUUUUACCUUUGGCGGUAUUUUUAAUUGCACGUUGACUUGACGCCGUCAAUUAAUUUAUAGAUGUCCUUUAAUCUC